GCCAUAACAACCUCCCCAAAUAUAAACAAAAAAUGUCACUUUACGUCAUUGAAAUGCUAACACAUAAUCAAAAAGUUGUUGGUUUUUCUUCUUGCUAGCAAAAAUGCCGAGUCCCGGAGAGAAACUCAAAUUUCCGAAAAAGCCAAUUGCGGCGAUUCUUCUAAUGAUGCUGUUUAGAAAAUGCUGUGUGGUGGGACUCCGAACCGGCCUGUUGGCUUACCUUGAGAACAUCAUGGAUUAUAGCAACGAAGACGCAUCGCUAAUUUACUCCGGCUUUCGUAGCUUUAACUACAGCUUCCCUUUACUUGGGGGAUUGUUCAGUGACUGUUGGAUUGGCAAAUUCAAAACGAUUGUGGUUUUCCAGACUAUAUAUCUCGCUGGAAUGAUAUUUAUCUCGGGCUCUACAAGUAAUUCGUCCAGUCUUGCGCUAUCAUUGUGCUUUUUUGCCCUUUCGCUGAUUGCUCUCGGCAUGGGAGCAGUGAAACCAUGCGUCUGGGCGUUCGGAGGCGACCAGUUUAAGCUGCCGGAGCAGCACUUGUACUUGGAGCAUUUCUUCUACUUUGGUUACGCUGCCCUCCAUCUUGGGGGUGCACUUGCUGUGCUUGUAACACCUAAACUGGCAGAGGUUCAUUGUAACGAAACUGAUUCUUGUUACCCUCUGGCCCUUGGAUUUCCAACCAUGACUCUGACUGUUUCUCUAAUUAUUUUUCUGGUGGGUAAACAAUGGUACACUUAUGUCCAGCCACAAAAAAAUAAUACGAUUCUCUGGGUAUUGUGCAUUCUAAACGGGAUUAAGGAAAAAGUUCUUUCGAAAGAGAAACUAAGUCAUUGGUUGGACUAUUCCGAAAAAACCUACGGAAAGCCGCUUGUGAGACAAACAAAAACCUCGUUGAACGUGAUUAUACUACUUUUGGUUCUGCAAUUUUCCGGGUCCACUAUUAUGAUUGCUAUAAAAAAUUGGCGUACUCAAGGACGGCUGAUGCGUUCGGAAAUGGGCAACACUGUGAUCCGACCAAGUGCAAUGCAAUUUAUCAAUUAUUUAUUGGUGGUUUUCUUCACUCCGCUAAUUUGUUUAGCGUUGUACAUUUUGCGUACGAAAUUUCACCUCACUGUUACUCCCCUUCGCCGUAUAGCUUGUGGUGCUUUCAUUGGAUCAGUAGCCAUGUUCUUGGCAGCUUUCAUAUCUCUAGGAAUAGAAGCAGAAGAGCCAAAGUUGCCAGGAAAAGGGGAAUGUCAUAUCAGAUUUUACAACCCACUUGACUGUGCCAUUAAAAUAGACGCUCCCCCAUUCAUUGACAAGGUGCAAAUUGAUUCCAUGGGGUACAAGUUUCUCUCAGUUAAAGUGGAAGGUGACAAAAAAGUAACCCAUACGAUUUCUGGGUGUGGCGAAACAGUUUCAAAAACCACCGGUCCGUUUGUCGUUACCGAAGAAAAAAGCUUGGGCUAUUUCUUUACCACACACGGAUUAGAAGGUUUCAAGGAAGAUUUACAAAAGCAUAACCAGGGAAGCCCGAAAAUUCGAAGUUUAGUCGGAAAUCCGGGCAAGAAAGAUGACAAAAUCAAAUACAUUUGUUCACAAGGACAUAGCACUGCAAUAGCACCUAAGGAUUACUCCUGGUAUAAAGUGGCCAAUGGUUUUUACGAGAUUGGAGGUGUUAAGAAGGCAGCUAGGUUUUUCCAGGGUGGGAUUUACAGAAUUUUAAUUUAUCUUGAGCAAGAUAAAGUCAAGAACGUUACAGUGCAUGAAGUUGGGGAACCAAAUAAAAUGUUCAUUUUGUGGCAACUGCCUCAGUGUGCGAUCCUUGCGAUUAGCAAGAUUUUGAUUUUGCCAACUAGUUUUGAAUUCGCGUACACACAAACCCCGCUUAAGUCUCUCAAAACUACCAUCACUGCUGUUGCACUUAUGACCACAGGACUGGGGGGAAUUAUUAUCGUGAUUGUCGAACUGGCAAUUGCGUUUCGUAAACAGUCAAAUUUUUAUUUUACUUUUGGGGUGUCUACUACCCUGUUUGGGAUCUUCUUUGUUUUAUUAGCCAUCAGAUAUAAAUACGUGGAUAGACAGUAUGGCAAAGAAGAAGAUAUUAUUGACGACCCCGAAACCAAAGAAUAAUAAAAUAUUAUACAUAAUCACAGCCAUAAUAAACGUCUCUAAUGUU